AUGGCUUUUAAAUUCAUCGCAACGGUUUUGGGCCUGUCGGCUCUGUGCGCCGCGAGGGUCGAGGCUGGACACGCGCACUCUUUCCAACACUUUCACGGGCCUGUGAUAGGCGAGGGCAAGGAGGUCACUUGGGAGGACAAGCACGGUCACCAUCACCACGACUACGUGGCCCAUCCGCACUACGAGUUCUCCUACGGGGUGGAGGAUCAUCACACCGGCGACUACCACGGUCAGAAGGAGCACAGGGAUGGUAACGAAGUCGUCGGCGAGUACACAGUGAAAGAACCAGGCGGUAACAUCCGAACCGUGAAGUAUCACGCUGGAAAGGACGGAUUUUUCGCUCACGUCCACAACAGCAACGGGAACAACCACGACGGAGGACACCACGGUUAA